AUGGAGGGGUUCACAGGGCUGGAGGAGUUCACAGGGCUGGAGGAGUUCAUAGGCCUGGAGGAGUUUAUAGGGCUGGAGGAAUUCAUAGGGCUGGAGGAGUCCACAGGGCUGGAGGAACCCACAGGGAUGGAGGAGUUCAUAGGGCUGGCAGAGUUCAUAGGGCUGGAGGAGCCCAAAGGGAUGGAGGAGCCCAAAAGGAUGGAGGAAUCCACAGGGAUGGAGGAGUUCGUAGGGCUGGCAGAGUUCAUAGGGUUGGAGGAGCCCAAAGGGCUGGAGGACUCCACAAGGCUGGAGGAGUUCAUAGGGCUGGAGGAGCCCAAAGGGCUGGAGGAGUCCACAGGGACGGAGGAGUUCAUAGGGCUGGCAGAGUUCAUAGGGCUGGAGGAGCCCACAGGGCUGGAGGAAGCUGCACCUCCCCGUAGCCCCGCAGAGCCCAGCAAGGUUGCUCCAGCCCCAGGAAAGCAGCUGAGCUGUGCAGCCGAGGCUCCUGUCACCGUGCCAGAUCCCCCUGUGCCCAGCACCGACCCGGAACGCUCCCAGGAGCUCUCUCCGUGCUCCAGUCCCAAGCCGAUAUCUCUCUGGCCGGUUAAGAGGAUGCUCGACUCGAGCAGUGAUUCCCAACCAGAAAAUUCCCGCAGCUUCCGAACACGGAGGAAGCGCCAGCGGAGCUGCGGGAAGGCAGCAGAGACUCCCCGGGCAGCGCAGAGCCCCGGGCAGAGCUCCUCCGAGUCCCCGCAGCCGCGCUGUGCCAGCCGCCAGCCCUCCCGGCCGGGCACCCAAAGCCCUGGCACCCCUUCACCAGCGGCUGCACGGACCCGCAGCCCCCGGCCCGGGCCGGCUCCAGAGCCGCUUGCCCCCAGCGCCGAGCAGCAGCCAGAGCUCCGGGCAGCCCUCCCGCGCUCUCCCCCCCGCACCUCUCCCGGCGUCCCAGCCCCGAAGUGCCGCUCCCCCGUGCCCCGCUCCUCCGGCAGCCCCGGCAGCCUCCCCUCCUGCCCCGCGGUGCCCUUCUGGCCGUGGUUCCAGCUGCGCGCCCGCGUCUGCGCCCCCUCUGUUGGCUCCGUCCUGUACGUGUGUUUGCAGGUUAUGGGUGGGUUUAGGAAUUAA